AUGAGGAUUUCGAGGCCGUACUCGGGGGUGUCCAGAAGCGGGGCGACGGCGAGGACGGGGCCGCACGCGCUGCCGCUGGCGCGGAUCAAGAAGAUCAUGAAGCGGUCGGCGGGGGACGGCAGCGGGGGCUACGGCGCCGGGGCCAGGAUGAUCUCGGGCGAGGCGCCCGUGGUGUUCUCCAGGGCGUGCGAGCUGUUCGUCGCCGAGCUGACGCAGGCCGCCUGGGCCGCCACGCUCGAGGGCCGGCGCCGGACCGUGCACGCCGAGGACGUCGCCGCCGCCGUCAGGGACACCGACCUCUUCGACUUCCUCGUCGACGUCGUCAAGCCCAGGCCAGGUGACGACGGCGUCGGCGACGGAGUCGGCCUCGCGCCGGCCGCCGGUGUCCACGGCGGCGCGCUCGACUAG